AUGCGUGUUGUCUUGGGCCUUGGGGGACUAUGGCUGGGGUUGGGGCGGGUUAUGGGCUUGCCCAGGGCGCCAGGGAUGAGGCGAUGGGCCUCGGUUCUGCAGCCGCGGGCGGAUUUCGGCCCGACUUCACCUGCCCAGCGGCCAAAGCCGUCUCUGACCAACACCCUCUACGUCGUCGAGCCCGCUCAGCGGCUGGGGUCCUUUCGGCGCUAUCUAGGGCUCGCAAAGGUUGAGGUGCCCUUUAUCGCGGGGGCUGUUAUUGGCGUGGCGCUUUAUAGCGCGAUGACAUUGGCUAUUCCCGCGGGAUUUGGUAUGCUAAUCGAUUACGCAAGCAAAGGGGAGAUGCCUUUGGGGACCUCAAUGCAGCUGCUUGGUUGCUUUGUCUUGGCGGCGGCAGGGAAGCUAACGGGGGUGUGGUGUAUUGGGUACGCAGGGGAGCGGAUUAUUUCCAAUCUUCGCACUAGGCUUUACGCCUCCAUUCUUCGACAACCGGCGCAUUUUUUCGAUUUACCGGAAAAUAGAACGGGAUCACUUCUUCAGCGGUUAUCGAUGGAUUGUAGUUCGGUCGGCGGCUCGCUUACUCAAGCAGCAACGAAUGGGAGUAUGAGCCUUAUUCUGACAAUGGGGAGUGUUGGCAUCAUGCUUUACUUCUCACCGUUACUGACGUCAAUGAUUUUGUGUCUAAUUCCGCCGAUUGCGGUGUUUGCUGGGGGCUACGGCCGCACCGUGCGGAGACUUCAGCGUUCGAUUUAUGACGCCAUUGCAAGUAUGGGGUCGGCCGCCGAGGAUCGUCUUUCGGCUAUUCGCACGAUAAAAACCCUCACGGCGGAGGAGAGGGAAAAAAUAUGGUUUUCAACCAAAGUCCAGCGUGUGUUUGAGCGGAGUUUACUCCUAUUAAAGUGGCGAGCGGCGUACGAAUCAUUCCUGCAGUUAGCGGGGUAUGGCGCCGGGUACUGCAUUUUAUGGGCGGGCUCUUUGCUCAUUGCUUCUGGCAGCCUCACUCCUGGCGUGCUUUUUUCGUUUAUGCUCUACACGCUUUACUGCGGGACGGGCCUAAUUGGGCUUGCGAACAUUGUAAUUGAUCUGAACAAAGGCUACGGCGCCUCUUUACGCGUUUUUGAGAUUAUUGAAGACGCAGAGGGGGAGGAAAAGACGCGGACCACCACGCCGCAGCUUACUCCCUCGCUUACGGAUUGGACAGUGGACUUUAAAGACAUUUCAUUUGCUUACCCAACGAGGUCGGAGGCGUUGGUUUAUCGUGGACUUAACCUAACCGUUCACCCUGCGCGUUCUACCUGCAUAGUGGGGAGUAGCGGGUGUGGGAAGUCGUCGUUGGCGCUUCUUCUGCUGAAGCUGUUUGAACCUAUUGGAGGAGUGAUCACUCUAGGCGGGCAUAAUCUUGCCGAUAUUGAUGACGUUUGGCUUCGCCAAAAAAUUGGCUAUAUUGGACAAGAUAUCGCGCUUUUCGACGGCACCAUUGCGCAAAAUAUCGCGUAUGGCUUUACUUCAUAUAAUUGGGGGGAUCCAAUCGAUCGAUGGCUAUAUUCUGUCGUUGUCGACGCUGCGGUGAAGGCGAACGCGCACGAUUUCAUCUCCGCGCUGCCGGAGGGCUACGACACCUUCGUCGGCGAGAGUGGUCGGAGCUUAUCGGCAGGAGAAAAGCAACGCAUUGCAAUUGCGCGCGCCCUUGUCUGCAAUCCGUAUAUUUUGAUUUUGGACGAAGCGACCUCGGCGUUGGACAGCGAAAGUGAGGAAGUUGUGCAUGACGCCAUCAUAAAGCUCAUUCAGGAGUCUAAGAAUCACACUGGUAAACACGAGCUGACGGUUUUGAUGUUCGCACACAAGCUGAGUGCAGUUAGCAAGGCGGAUCAUAUCGUGGUUUUGCAUAACGGCACUGUCGCCGUCGAGGGUGGAUUCGAGGAGGUCUACAAGAAUGAGAUUUUCCGUAGUUUGAUGGGCUUGGAGGACUUGAAUCGACUUAAAAAAUCGUAG